AUGAAGACCCUUGCCAUUUUUUUCGUUGCCAUGAUUAUGUUGAUGUUAAGUCAAGCUUUUAAUUCUGCACUGGAAAGCUCAGAUAUUUUGAAAAGAGAAGGGCAACAUACUGUGAAGAAGAGACAAGCUAGUCUUCUUGCUCAACUUUAUGCUGCAGGAUUAGAUGGAGCUAUAACACCAGAUGAAUUAGUUUUAAUAUUAGGACUAAAUGAUAUCGAAUUGAAUCCAGUUAUGCUGGCAGCUGAUCUUAAUGGUAAUCAAUUUAAGUUUAUUUCACUUUUCUUAAUUGAUCAAUUUAAAGGGAAAGCUGAUGGAGUCAUAAAUAAUGAAUGGGAAUAUUAUCUCUUGCUUGUAGCAUUGGACAUUGGUGGAAGUGGGAUGAUAGAUGAUAAAUAAAUACCCAGAAUCAUUAAAUACCAAUAUCCUUCAAUGAAGCACAAACUACUCUAUUUCUCAACUUGCAAUAAAUAUAAUUACUGCAGUA